AUGACCACUCGAUGUGCUGACUCAGGUCGUCUUGUCAGUCGAGCGAUGGCACCGUGCCCGCCUGAUCCAGAAACACCAGCCGAUCUCUGGUUCUUUGCUAAUAAUCAAACUCAAAAGUUCAAAGAACUAGAUCAUGACCCCAAUGUAAAUCUAGCCUUCAACAAUCCUGCCACAGCAGAAUGGGCAAGUAUUUCGGGUAAAGCAAAAGUCAUCAAUGACCGAAACAAAAUCAAGCAGCUGUACACCCCAGACCUUAAGGCUUGGUUUGGCGAUUUGCAUGAUGGUGUUCAUGAUGGCAGUGCUGAUGAUCCACGCAUUUCCCUCAUCUAUGUUGAAGGUGAGACUGUACAUCAAACCCUGAAAGGCGCUUCAGUGCCUGUUCAAAUAUGGCGUAUCACCAAGGCGAUGUGGUCGGGUGAACCUCCCAAGAUUGCUGUUAGUCAAGAACUCGAUAAUGAAGAACUGCAGCAUGCUCGUAAUGUUCAUAACCUCGAUAAUGCCAUAGUUGAUUAG